CUAUUGGUCCAGCGGGUCGGAGUGCAGAGAACAACAAACAAGAUAGGGUGAAGACCGUCGGGAUGGAUGCAGCUACCUUGACAUACGACACACUUCGCUUUGGAGAGUUUGAAGAUUUUCCUGAGACCUCAGAGCCUGUGUGGAUCUUAGGGAAAGAAUAUAAUGCACUCACAGAGAAAGAUGAGAUUUUAUCAGAUGUCACUUCACGACUUUGGUUCACAUACAGAAAAAACUUCCCCCCCAUUGGUGGGACAGGACCAACAUCAGAUACGGGAUGGGGAUGUAUGUUACGGUGCGGACAGAUGAUCCUGGGCGAGGCCUUGGUGUGUAGACAUUUAGGCAGAGACUGGAGAUGGGCCAGAGACCAGAAACAAAGAGAAGAGUACAUCAGUAUUCUCAACGCCUUCAUUGACAAAAAAGACAGCUAUUAUUCCAUCCAUCAAAUUGUUGUUCUUACGUCUCUAAAUGCUGCAGCCCAAAUGGGAGUUGGAGAGGGAAAGCCUAUAGGCCAGUGGUAUGGACCAAACACAGUCGCCCAGGUUCUUAAGAAGCUGGCAGUGUUUGAUACGUGGAGCAGAUUAGUGGUACAUGUGGCGAUGGACAACACUGUGGUCAUCGAGGAGAUCAAGCGUCUCUGUAUGCCCUGGCUGGAUAUUGCAGGAGAAGCAGAGGGAAUGGGGGAGCUCAACGGCUGCCUUGAGGGCGCAUGUGCCCUGGCUGAGGAGGAGACGGCUCUCUGGAAACCUCUGGUACUGCUCAUCCCCCUCAGGCUGGGCCUGAGUGAUAUAAAUGAGGCCUACAUUGAAACCCUCAAGCAAUGCUUCAUGCUGCCUCAGUCCCUGGGUGUUAUUGGGGGAAAACCCAACAGUGCCCAUUACUUCAUUGGUUAUGUCGGAGAGGAACUCAUCUAUUUAGACCCACACACCACACAGCCUGCAGUGGAGCCGUGUGAAGACAGCCAGGUCCCCGAUGAGACGUACCAUUGUCAGCACCCACCCUGUCGUAUGCACAUCUGUGAGCUGGACCCAUCCAUCGCAGCGGGUUUCUUCUGCAGAACAGAGGACGAGUUUGAUGACUGGUGUAUGCGCUUAAGAAGGCUGUCCUGCAAAAGAGGGGGCCUGCCCAUGUUUGAACUAGUAGACAGUCAGCCCUCUCACAUGGUCAGCGUGGAUGCCCUUAACCUUACUCCUGAUCCCCUUUCCUUCGCAGAUUUCUCAGACUCGGACCGGUUGGAGCGGUUCUUUGACUCAGAAGACGAAGAGUUUGAGAUCCUCUCCCUGUGAGGAACAUAUGAACAAUGAUUUACUGUUCUCGACAGCAGGCGAGAGACUCUGUCUCUUCUUUGUAUCAGAAGGGAAGCCUGAGAGGAGGAACAUUAUUUGGAGACCUCUUGAGCCAAUCCAGCUCCAAUGGUGUAGUCAGUGUGUCACACAGUGUUCUUCAACCUCUGAUUGCUCUGUAUCCAACAUUGAGACUGCCUGGUGGAAGCCGUAGCAGGAGCUCAGGAUAAAUUCUGUAUGCACAUCUUCACAUA